UAGGGGGGAUUAUUUUUUGGUUUGUUUGUUUACGCAUGGAAAAGCGAGCUGCGUUCGACUUGAACAAAAUAGACUUGUGAUAACUUUUUUUUUCUUUUGCAUUGAUUGAAGUCCCAAAGAAACAAGAAGAAAAGGAGGAGGAGGCGGAGUCGUCCCUAUUCCCCCUCGAUUUUUUAUUUUUUAUUUUUUUGUUAAAAAGAGGAGCACGCGCGGCCGCUCGCUCGGACGCGCCGGCAACAUGAUGAUGAUGUCUCUGAGCAGCAAGCAGCCAUUCUCCGCCAUGGCGCACGCCAGCCUGCACGCCGAGGCCAAGUACUCCUCGCUGCACUCGGUCGGCACCAACAACACGUCGUCCUCGGCGUCCGCCACCUCCAACGCGGUGUCCUCGUCCUCGUCGUCCUCCUCCUCGGCGUCCUCGUGCGUCUCCUCCCGCCACAGCAGCAUCAUCAGCACCAGCUCGGAGGCGAUGCGGCGCGCGUGCCUCCCCACGCCACCGAGCAAUAUAUUCGGCGGCUUGGACGAGAGUCUGCUGGCCCGGGCUGAGGCGCUCGCCGCGGUGGACAUCGUCUCGCAGAGCAAGAGCCACCUCCACCAUCACCACCCGCCGCCGCACCACAGCCCCUUCAAGCCGGACGCCACCUACCACACCAUGAACACGCUGCCGUGCACCUCGUCGUCGUCGUCGUCCGCCUCCUCGGUGCCCAUCUCGCACCCGUCCGCGCUCGGGGGCGGCCACCACCACCACCAUCACCACCACCACCACCACCACCAGCCGCACCAGGCUCUGGAGGGCGACCUCCUGGAGCACAUCACUCCGGGCCUGGCGCUGGGGGCCAUGGCGGGGCCGGACGGCUCGGUGGUGUCCACGCCCGGCCACCCGGCGCACAUGGCCGGCAUGAACCACAUGCACCAGGCGGCGCUGAGCAUGGCGCACGCCCACGGGCUGCCGCCUCACAUGGGCAUGAGCGACGUGGACGCCGACCCGCGCGACCUGGAGGCCUUCGCCGAGCGCUUCAAGCAGCGGCGCAUCAAGCUCGGCGUGACGCAGGCGGACGUGGGCUCGGCGCUGGCCUCCCUCAAGAUCCCCGGCGUGGGCUCGCUGAGCCAGAGCACCAUCUGCAGGUUCGAGUCCCUCACGCUGUCGCACAACAACAUGAUCGCGCUCAAGCCCAUCCUGCAGGCGUGGCUGGAGGAGGCCGAGAAGUCGCACCGGGAGAAGCUCAACAAGCCCGAGCUGUUCAACGGCGCCGAGAAGAAGCGCAAGCGCACGUCCAUCGCCGCGCCGGAGAAGCGCUCGCUGGAGGCCUACUUCGCCAUCCAGCCCAGGCCCUCGUCGGAGAAGAUCGCGGCCAUCGCCGAGAAGCUGGACCUGAAGAAGAACGUGGUGCGCGUGUGGUUUUGCAACCAGCGGCAGAAACAGAAACGCAUGAAGUACUCGGCCUGCGUUUGAAUUCCACGCGACGCCGAACUCGGACGCUUUGUAUCAUCGUUUCCUAUUUAACCAAAAAAAAA